GACCCGGCCGUCACCGACUUGCUCUACCUUGACGUCCAUCAGAGACUCUCCAAGGAGUCGAUCGAGUCUCGGCCGCUGGGCACCGUUGUGAUUGGCCUUUUCGGCACAAUUGUUCCGAAAACAGUGGAAAACUUCAAGGGCCUAGCCGCCACCUACGAGAGGACGCAUACGCUCUUCCAUAGGGUGAUCCCCGGCUUUGUCAUCCAGGCUGGUGACAUAGACAACCAGGGCGGUCAUAGCAUCUACGGCGAAAAAGGCGCUCCGCCGCCAAAGGACGCGGACCCCCACCGGUACGGCCCGCUGUACAGUGGCCUCGAGGACGAGAACUUCAUUCUCUCCCACAACAAACUCGGCAGAGUCAGUGUCGCCAACGCCGGCCCCAACACCGGUGGCAGCCAAUUUUUCAUCUGUAUGGAACCACAGCCGGGCUUGGAUGGCAGUCAUGUUGUAUUCGGCCAGGUGCUCCAAGGCAUGAACGUCGCCGAGCAGAUCUCCGGCGUCGACAGAGACCUCUCUGACAAACCACUACUUGACGUCUUCAUC